UGUAUAUUAACCUGAUAUAUUAACAAAUACCAACCCCAUAGACAACCAGAAUCCUUACUUAUCAACUGCUAUACAACUACGCAAUUUCAAGUCUGUACAUUAUGUUGCGAAGGCAUUCCAUUGUCCAUCCCAGCACCAUGACUUCCAAUCCACGCUUCAACAAAAGAACCACCGCGACUGAAGUUGCCAAAGCAUACUCCGAACACAUCAAAGGAAAAACAAUCCUCAUCACCGGCGUCUCCCCAACCAGUAUCGGAGCCAACACCGCCUACGCCCUAGCAUCAGGCGAACCCGAACAAAUGAUCCUCGCCUCUCGAACAAAGAAGAACAUCGACGCCGUUCUCGACAAUAUCAAAUCCCACUACCCUUCCGUGAAAGUAACACCUCUAAUCCUCGACCUAUCAUCCCAAAAAUCCGUCCGCGACGCCGCCGCCGAAAUCAACAGCACAAUCACCAAAAUCGACCUCCUCGUCGCGAAUGCUGGAAUCAUGGCUCUCCCCACACGCACGCUCUCACCGGAUGGAAUCGAAUUACAAUUCGCCACGAAUCACAUCGGACAUUUCCUCUUCACAAACCUCAUUAUGGACAAGCUACGAAAAGCAGCGACCUUGUCGAGAACGCCAGGAUCCACUCGCGUGGUGAUGCUAACUAGUAACGGCCAUCGGUUCUCACCUGUUCGAUUCCACGAUUACAAUUUCGACGGAAAGCCUAUCCCAUCGGAAGAAGAGCCAGGCACACAGGCGAUGAUCGAUCGAGGGAUCGGAUUCCCCGCGUUCGACGAGCAGGGUUAUGAUAGGUUUGUGGCGUACGGCCAGUCCAAGACGGCGAAUAUCCUCUUCGCUUUAUAUUUGCGUGCGAAACUUGCUCGUGAGGGGAUACAGGCGAUGUCGGUACAUCCAGGAGCAAUCGGAACGAACCUCAUCAGAUACUAUACAAAUUCACCCAUCACAAAUACCAUUGCACGCUGCAUCCUCCGAACCAACGGACUACUCGGAAUCGGCCAGUUCAAAACCACCGACGCCGGUGCAGCGACCACUAUCGUGGCCGCUCUAGAUCCGAAAUUGAGUUCUUUGAAAGAUACCGACGGGAUAUACCUCCAAGACUGCCAAUUCGGCUCCCCAGCCGCGCACGCUACGGGGUUUGAAGCCGCGGAGAAACUGUGGUCGUUGAGUGAGGAGCUUGUUGGGGAGAAGUUUGUGAUUUGACUUUUUUUCUUUCCUUUUCCUUUUGGGGGCCUGGGUUGGUUUAUUUUGAUUAAUUAUAUACAGGUGUUGGUGACAUAGUAUAGAUAGAUUUCUUUCUCAUUUGCUUUUUUAAUAUUAAUGGUACUGAUGGACAGGGUUAUGUUGAUAUAUCCUUCUCUCUUUCUUGAAAGGGUAAUAUAGUUACCACAUGAUACAAGAAACCACAUGUGUGUGCCAUUGCUAUUUCCAGAAUUACUAACUGUCGUAAUUUGCAUCCUUACAACUCAACUUCAUUGCAGCCACGGGUGGCGGGCCGUUAACGGACCGCUACCCGGCAUUUAUUACACUCAGGACUCACGUGCAA